AUGGAGCAAGCAAAGAAACAUUUGAUGAUAAUUUCCAUUUUCAUCAUCCUUUUCAAUAUUGCAGGCAGCAAGGACUUAUCGCAGCCACUCCAUAAUUCAAGCAAGCAUUUUGUGCUAGUACAUGGGUCAGGCCAUGGUGCCUGGUGUUGGUACAAACUUGUGCCGCUAUUAAGAUCAUCAGGUCACAAGGUUAGCGCUAUAGAUUUAGCUGCUUCUGGGAUUGACCCACAGCAGAUUGGUGAUCUUAGAUCAAUAUCUGAUUAUAUUAGGCCGUUGAGAGAUCUUCUUGCAUCUCUACCACCAAAUGAAAAAGUUAUCCUUGUUGGUCAUAGCUUAGGGGGAUUCGCACUUUCUCAGACCAUGGAGAGAUUUCCAAGCAAAAUUUCCGUGGCUGUUUUCGUUACUGCCUUCAUGCCUGGCCUUUCCCUUAGCGCUUCCACUAUUAAUCAAAAGGUAAGCCAACUUGAUUUGCUAGACAGCCGCUACGGUUUCGGUAAUGGCCCAAAUAACCCACCAACAUCUUUAACCCUUGGGCCCAAGUUCCUAUUAUUAAGGAUGUACCAGCUCAGUCCAAUUGAGGACUGGACAUUGGCGACAACAUUGAUUAGAGAAACACGUCAGUUUACUGAUCAAGAACUGUCAAGGGACCUGGUACUAACGAAGGAGAAGUAUGGCUCUGUUAAAAGAGUUUUUAUCAUUGCAGAAAAAGAUUUGGCCUUGGACAAGGAUUUUCAACAAUGGAUGAUUCAGAAAAACCCACCCAAUGAAGUGAUGGAGAUAAAAGGAUCCGAUCACAUGACCAUGAUCUCUAAACCUAUGAAGCUUUGGGCUCGUCUGCUAGGAAUUUCUGAAAAAUAUAAUUGA